CACACAUAAGAUCAACUUCUGGAAUUAAUGGAAAGCAAGCAUUCACAUACGCCUAAUCGGUCUUACGAGGACUUUGAUCCUUUGUUUACAUGGCACAGAGAAGAGGCCCGUGACACCCUUGAACUCCACCUUCCAGGUUUUAGGAGAGAUCAAAUACGAAUUCAGAUCAAUCAUCUUGGUUUUCUGGUAAUAAGCGGAGAGCGUCCAUUGGAUGGAACAAGAUGGAAACGAUUCAAGAAAGAAUUUGAAAUCCCAACAUAUUGCAAUGAAGAUGCUAUUCAUGGCAAUCUCAUGCAGAGCAUUCUUUCGGUGGUAAUGCCAAAGAAAAGUCCUCAACUUCAACAAGAGAGAAAAUUCCCACAAACCCAACACGAGAAAGAGAAAAAGACAUAUCAGAAUAAGGAAUUUGAAGGACGGGGUACUAAUGAAGACACUGAAUUCACAGCCAAAGAGGGAAUACAAGAACAUACCCAUCAUACAAGAGAGUACCAAUCUGAAGAAAAUAAUGUGAAUUUAACGCCCGAAACGACUAGAGAGGUUGCCUUUAAGUUCAUGGUUGUGAUCAUUAUGAUAUUGGUUAUAGCAAGUUAUCUAGCAGAUAUAAGCAAAAACCUCGUGGCUCAUGCUCAAUCAUAUUUUCACAAUUAGAUA